AUGGUUAAAUCUGAAGAAAAUUAAGGUAGAGACUGUGCCACAGCUACUCAAGUUUAAGAAGAAACUAACAAAUUACAAAAGAACGAGUAUGAAUCAGCUAUUUCAUAGGCUAAAACCUAUUCAUCAGAAGACUAAAAUGAAGGAGUAUCAAAAAACUCUUGGCUUUUUGCAUUGAAAAUUAUGCAUGGUGCAUUUACUUGCUUCACUAUCGCUUACAAUAUGGGUGUCUUUAAUACUUUGUUUGACCACGUUGGAUACAUCUACAGCUGGAAUGAAGAUGAAAAAUUGCUUAAUUAUUCUCUUCUUAACUCUAUUCCAUAAGCUUUUGCUGCAUUUGUUUCUCUAUUUGCUGGUCGUCUUUCAGCUAAAUUUGGCAGAAGAAAGAUGUUAAUAUUUACUUUUUACUUAGCUAUACUAGGUAACGGUAUUACUCUCAUUGCUGAUACAUUUGCAUUACAAUUCGGUAGAGCUAUAAUUGGUAUUUGCUUUGGUUUUUGGUGUUCUAUUGGACCUUUAUACUCCAUUGAAUUAGCUUGCAAGAAAUUUAAGGGAGCUAGUGGUAUUACUUACUCUUUAUUCUUUGGAUUUGGUAUUCUGUUAUCUUUCCUUUUAGGCUAUGGUUUACCUUCUAAGCCUGAAGACAGUGCUACAAAUGGAUACUGGAGAUUAAUGCUUGGUCUUCCUAUUGCUUUCAGUGUUCUUUCUAAUGCCUUAUUCCACUUAGUUUUCACUGAUGAGACUGCAAAUUAUAUUUAUUUGGAAGAAAAAAACCCUGAAAAGUGUAAGAAAGCUUUAGAGCGUAUUUUUGUUAAAAAGAUAGCUGAAGAAGAAUUUAACGAUGUUGUUGAAUUCUCAAAGUAAGGUAGUACAAAUAGUGUAGGUUAUAAACAAUUAUUUGGUAAAUAAUAUAUUGGAAGAGCUAUAUUUAUUAUGUUAUUCACUAUCGCUUUCAACUAUGUUGGAUGUAACGCAAUCAAUAUCUAUUCUUUCUAAAUUAUUAAAAACUCUGAGGGUGCUGACACAGCUUAACUUUUUACUACUUUGAUGCCUAUUGGUGAUCUUAUUGGACCUAUUUUUGCUUACUUAACAAUUGAAAAAAUCGGUAGAAAGAACCUUUAUAUUAAUGGUCUCUUAGGAUGCACAUUAGUUCUCCUUGUUUUCUGCAUCACUGGCUGGGCUGAUUUUAAACCCUUACAAAAAUAUAUGAUUCUUUUAUAUAAACUCGUUUUUGCUUCAUCUGUUGCUCCUGUUCAUUGGGUUUAUCCAGGUGAGAUUUUACCUGCUGUUGGUAUGGGUUUCUUUGCUUUUUGUUACUGGGCAUCAAGUCUCUCAACUGUAGAAUUUUUACCAUACAUGAUUGAUUCCAAAGGUGCUGAAAGCACUAUUAUAGUAUUUGUUGCUGUCUCAGCAGUUCUUAUAGUAUAUUUAGUUUUUGCCAUGAAAGAAACAACUGGCAAGGGAAGAGAAUUAAUAGAGAAAAUGUUUUACUAAGGUGAUGAAUAAGUUAAGAUUCCAAAUUAAACAGAAAACACCAAUUAAAACUAACCCAUUGAAGCUUGA